AUGGCAGACAAAAAUGUCAAGAAAGUGAAACCAGUAGGUGUUAAGAGAACAUUGACCAAGAGAGAACAAGAAGAUCUGAAGAAAAAGGUAAGAGAUUUGACCCAUUUAUAGAUAUCUGCAACAAAGUGUAGGUCUAUUCUUACAAUUUUAAAACAAUAUCACAUUUCCAGGAAGAAGAAAAAGCAGCUGAAGUUUUUGAAGAGUUCUUAGCAUCUUUUGACAGUAACGACAAAAGUGGGGUGAAAACGUUUGUUCGUGGGGGGAUCGUGAAUGCAACUAAAGGUGAGCAGAAACAUGCUGGCUAAUCCAGCUCUGGUGGGGUCUAUGUUGUGAACACUUAUUUUAGUGCUACAUGGUUACACUUUCUAUUGAAUUAUUUUGCAGAAGAGGAAGCAGCAGAAGUCAAAAAGAGCAAGCUUUACCGACCGAACACCAAGUUUACUUCAGUGUCCCAGAAUGUCUCACCAGCACACUCUUCUGAAAUCAGAAGGCCUGUGAGUGUCCAUGUGAAUCUACUACUGUAUACAAGAUAAUACUAUACAUUAUUUUGUCCCCUUAUGUUUGUCUGGUCCACAGAUUGUUAAAAAGAAGACGGAGGAGAAGAAGAAGAGCAACCUUGAACUUUUUAAAGAGGAGCUAAAGCAGUAUGUUUUUGACAUGCUGUAGUAAAUGAUGUUGUUUCACUAUUUAUUUUACCAAUUUGUUGUUUACAUUUUUUGUAUGAAAUGACUCUGUUCUCAUAGAAUACAGGAGGAACGUGAAGAAAGGUACAAAAAUAAGAAAAAUGAGCCUGGAGGAGGAUAUGGAGACUUGGACAUACCAUUAACACGACGAUCAAGUAAGUGCCAGAUCUGUCCCAUGCAGUGGAAAAAUAAUGGCCUUAGUCCAAAUCAAAGAUGAACCCUCAGUAGCUUUUACAUGUUUAGCGGAAUAUACAUGUCUUCUUUCAGUAUUUGAUGAUGACCCAGCAACACCGAACACAACCAACCUGUAUAUUGGCUGCAUUAACCCAAAGGUAAAGGAACUUUAUCUGCUUAUGAUGUUUUGACAAAGGAGAUAAAGAUUCAGUCUCUUGCUCUUCUUUUGUUUGGGAUAAAUUCAACUUACUUAAAUGCUGACUGCAUUCUUGUGAAACUGUGUUGAAAUGAUACUUUAUAUAAUGUGACAGAUGAAUGAAGAAAUGCUUUGCAAAGAGUUUGGCAAGUAUGGUCCCCUGGCAAGCGUGAAGAUCAUGUGGCCCCGUAGUGAUGAGGAACGUACCAGGGUCACAAACAGAGGCUUUGUGGCCUUUAUGACCAGGAAAGAUGCAGAGAGGGCCUUGGCUGCUCUAGACGGUGAGUCUGUGAUAAGAGAAUAUUAAACAUACUAUACAGGAAACACUGCCAGAUGAUAAAUGCCCUGUCAAGUGUUCCGUUGACUAUGUCCUUGGCUCAUGUAGGAUCAUUACUUCUUUUUCUGCAGGUAAAAUGGUUAUGGGUUUUGAAAUGAAGCUGGGAUGGGGGAAAGCUGUUCGCAUCCCUCCCCAGCCUCUCUAUACACCCAUAGGGGUACUGAAAAUCUCCACCCCCCCACCCCCCUCUGGCCUGCCCUUCAAUGCUCAGCCCCGAGACCGCUUCCGCAAUGACUUUACCAAGCCAUGGGGCAGGUCCAAGGAGGAGUUUGACAAGGUAGGUUGGCUCCUUUUUGAACACUGUAGGGUGUAUGCAUGGUUCUUUUUCAAGGUUAUAUUUUUUGACUUUGUUUUACACUACAGUUAAUUUGCCAAUUUUAGGUAUGUUUGUAGUAGAUAUCCUAUGCAGGGUGAUAUUUAUCAUAGGAUCAAUCAAUUGGACAUUGCUUAAAAUUUGAUCUAGAAUUCAGAACUGCAUUUAAAUGCACAAACAAGACCAUGUGACGGUCAUAUUCUGAAGUAGCAGUUCCGAGUUCCAUUUCUCAGUUUAAAUUCUAGUUGGUUUGUCCUGUGGUGCAUGUAUAGACAUGUUAUGAAUCUAUUCCUUAGACUAGUAGUGUCUUAGUUUUAGGAUAUGUCCUAAGGCAGGGGGUUUGACCCAGAUGGAGUUAUGAGGUAUUGUUACAGAACCAUAUGCAAUCAAAAUGUUACUGUAAAAUUAAGAGGGUGGGGGUAUAGUAUAGAUCAUUUACUUUAACAAUAGUGUAGCCGUCUCUCGAAUGUGGGACCUUUUUCCCUCAUUCAAAUAAUGUAUAGCUGUUACUGCUAUCGUCGUUUUCUAUGCUGUAUGUAUCCUGCAGUGUUUCAUCUGUAUAUAUACUCACUUUUUUUAUAUCUUCACUAUUUGAUUUGACUUCACGAACAGACUCUGUCCGAAGCCGUAGUCAAAGUGGUUAUCCCAACAGAAAGGUACACACUCUCUAUCCAUUCUUACUACUACUGCUACUACGACUGACCAGCCGUUCUCACAGACAGAACACAGUGUUAGAGGACAGAGGCCCUGCCCUGGUCUACUGUUCCUGUGUACGUAUGUGACCGACAGGAAGCCCCAGUCCUAAGUGCUACGUCUGUAUGUACAUGACUAAUGGGAGAGGACAGCUGAGAACAUAACACUGUUUUUGUGCUUUUCUCCCUACAUGUGUCUCAUAGUUUGUGUCCUGUUCUAACAUUGGUCUGCAUUAAGCCAUCUUGUUGACAACAUGGCCUAUGUUCAAGGAAUUGGUAACCCCUGCUGCUUAGGACUGGGGGCCCUGUAUAUGACUAGUAGGGGGGCCAUGGGUCUCAGUUGAACAUGGUUAAAGUGAAUAUUUGGCCUUGUAAGCAAAGCCCUCAGUUUAUUAAUUCAUGUCAUCCUCAUUAGAUUAGUAAAUGACACCAUUGUAAUCCUCUGUCGGGAAAAUAGAUUGUUAGACUUAAGUGAGUGUUGGAGUCAGUGAGUUAGGCCUAUAUCCAACAUACUGGUACUAACUUCAGUGGCAACCGUGGUUCUUCCUACCUGGGUUGGCUGAGACACUGCAGACCGAUACAGCUAGAAGGCAGAUGCAUUUUAGAUUAAAAUCAGUAGUAGCUAAUAGUAGUAAGUAAUGUUGUCACUCAUAUAUAUAUAUAUAUAUAUAUAUAGUCCCACUUUUUCAUUUAUACACUUACUAUUUUGGGGGAGAAGAAAAAUAUUCUACACACAUGACACAAGGAAACACGGCAUGGUCACCUUCUGCACACUAGGAACAGACAGUCUCCCCCACUCACUCGUGUGUGGGCAGACAACACACAACAUAUCCUCAACAUUGCUGUGACAAAUGAUGGCAGAGGGACAAUGUUAUAGAAGAGAGACAGAGAGAGAGGUUAAGGGGCUUGUGCCAGUGUGCAGUGAGAGCUUUGACAUGGCCACUGGUCUGGAUGAUGGGGGACAAGUCACCGCAUCUGGUCUCUCAUCCCCUCUCCUUUUACUCCACAGAAAUCUGUUAGGCCUCAUCCACAGGAUGAUAGAGUUUGUGGUGCGUGAGGGACCCAUGUUUGAAGCCAUCAUUAUGAGCAAAGAGAAGAACAACCCUGACUUCAGGUAAGGUGCCAUUGCUGAGCGUUCCCUUUCCCUCUUGUCAUAUCAAUUGUCAUAUGUAUUUUUAAACUCAUCUUUAAACUGUUUUUUGUUGUUGUUGAUGAUUUCAGGUUCCUGUUUGACAACAAAAGCCAAGAGCAGGUGUACUACCGCUGGAAACUCUACUCCAUUCUCCAGGUAGAUCAUGCUCUUAAUCUGUCCUGGCUACACCCCUAUGGCCAUGAGUCCAUCUCCAUACUCUACUCACUGCUGUGCCUCAUCCGUGUCCCUCUCCCUCCAUCCCCAGGGCGAGCCCCCCAGUGAGUGGAGAACGGCAGACUUCCGGAUGUUCCGUGGGGGCUCCAUCUGGAGGCCGCCCCUCCUGAACCCCUACCUCCAUGGAGAUGAGGAGGCGGGAGAGGAGGACGAGUCUCCCUCUCAGGAGGAGGAGCUUAAAAAGGGCCAGCUCAAGACCGAGUGAGUGUAGCUGUACCUACAGGGGCUGGGAGGGAGGUUCUGAGGCAGAUUGAAAAGCAUUCUCUGAUGAAUGUUACAUGUUAUGGGAAAACGGACUUUGGUGAAAUUCAACCUUCUCCGGGCAACAAAACCUGUGUGUUUAUUCCAGGCACAGAGAGAGACUGGAGACACUGCUCAGAGGGCUCACCCCUCGUAGGGAGGACGUUGGUGAUGCUAUGCUGUUCUGUCUGGAGAGAGCAGAAGCAGCGGAGGAGGUGGUGGGGUGCAUCGCAGAGUCCCUCUCUCUCCUUCAGACACCCCUACAGAAAAAGGUUCCUUACCCACCUCCUGUACAGGGGUCUAUCCUAUGAGUCUCGCAUGUGCAUGAUCAACCACAUUCACAUGACAUAUUACUCACAUUGGUCAUGUCCAUCUUUAUUCCCACAGAUUGCCAGACUGUACCUGGUAUCUGACAUCUUGUACAACUCCUGUGCCAAAGUUGCCAAUGCAUCUUAUUAUCGCAAAUAGUAAGAAAAGUCUGUUUUAGAUAAGUCUGUAAUUAUAUAAUACACACGCUCAGUGGUCAUACUGUGUCCAUCUAAGGUUUUUCACUGUUUCUUUGUUCCUUCAGUUUUGAAGCAAAAUUGCCUCAGAUAUUUGGUGACAUUAGUGAUGCAUAUCGAAACAUACAAGCAAGACUACAAGCUGAACAAUUCAAGGUAAUAAGUGUGGUUUAAAAAAUGACAAUGCUUUAUUACCUUUUUCCUUGCUUGUGAGCUGUUGUUGCUUUGGCCAGAGCAAAUACAUUAACACUCACCUAUAUUUGUCUUCUCUCCUCAGCAAAAGAUAAUGGGCUGUUUCAGGGCCUGGGAAGACUGGGCCGUAUACCCAGAGCCCUACCUGAUCCAGCUGCAGAAUAUCUUUCUGGGUCUGGUCAAGGCAGGAGAGGAGGUGAUCGAGAGGGUAGAGGUGAGCUGGCUAUCAGGACAGGACCCUUCCUGGACAAGACAUGGAAAAUAG